CCCACCUAAUCAGCCGAUCUCCUAUCUUGUGAGCAAUUAAUGGUUUACUCCACUGAUCCACUCCAACAGGCACAGGCCCUUCGUCCGCUCUAAAAUUUAAUGCGUUAACCUUUAUGUUGGAGUAGGAAGAGUCUUCCACAAAAAUGGCAGAGGCAGAGGCAGUGGCAGAGUUCAUUAACAAACAUGGGAGAUGGUCUCUCAAAGGAAUGACAGCUCUUGUCACUGGUGGAACCAGAGGAAUCGGGCAUGCAGUAGUGGAGGAAUUAGGCGGACUGGGAGCUAUUAUAUAUACGUGUUGUCGGAAUGAAACGGAGCUGAGUGAACGGUUGCAGGAAUGGACUAGGAAGGGUUUCCAAGUAACCGGCUCAGUCUGCGAUAUAUCAUCUCGGCAAGGACGGGAGAAGUUGAUGGAGUCCGUCUCCUCUGCUUUCAAUGGGAAGCUCCACAUCUUUGUGAACAACCCUGCAACUGUAGUAAUGAAACAAAUCUUGGAGAGUACUGCUGAAGAUUUAACAUCUACCAUGGCUGUCAAUUUUGAGUCUGCUUAUCAUUUAUGCCAACUAGCAUAUCCUCUCUUGAAAGCCUCAGGAAUGGGAAGCAUUGUGUUCAUAUCCUCCCUUUCUAGUGUGGUCGCUUUACCUUACAUGUCCGUUUAUGGAGCAUCAAAAGGAGCAAUAAAUCAAGUUACCAAGAGUUUGGCAUGUGAGUGGGCAAAGGACAAUAUCCGAACCAACAGCGUUGCACCAUCCAUCAUCAGAACCUCAAGUGUAGAACCUUAUCUUGAAAACAAAGAACUUGUGGAAAGAGUAAUCUCCAGAGCGCCCAUCACUCGAAUUGGGGAGCCGCAAGAAGUUUCGUCGCUGGUGGCGUUCCUUUGCCUCCCUUCUGCUUCAUAUAUUACCGGGCAGGUUAUUUGUGUUGAUGGUGGAUAUGCUGUGAAUGGUUUCUACCCAACUCAUGACUAGAUGCUUCAUCUCAGCAAUUUCCAUUAUUGCAGCAAGGACUAGGAGAAUUUCUGUAGUUGAACUAUGUAAUGUGGUAAUCUUGUGUUCUUGAUUACUAAGAACUAAUAAAGUCGGGCUCUGUCUGUAGACAAUAAAAUAACUGAAUUAUGAAAUUGUUGCUUGAAACA